AUGUACAUAUAUAUCAUCAGUGAUAUUGGUAAAGAAGUAUUUGUUGGAACUGUUGGCAAAGGGAAAUUACGUUAUAUUGGUUCGAUCAAAGGGAAGCAGGGUCUCUUCUGUGGAGUCGAACUCGAAAAACCAGAAGGCAAACAUGAUGGUACUUAUCAGGGUAAGCAUUAUCAAACAUCACAAGUAGUCUUAACCGGUGGUGUUUUUUUUUGUUUAGGUGAGGGAGGGGCGUUUUAA